CCCCUCUUCCUGAGAGAACGGCGGCCGUUGCCAAGGGCUCCAGGCGGGUGGAUUCAGCUCUGGUCGGGACCCAAGGCACCCAGCCCGCCCUGAGACAUUGUGUGAACCGGGCAGGGCCUCCAGACUCGGCCCCUGCACCCCACCCCAGCCAGGGUGGCGCUUGUGGGGGAAGGCGUUUAAAUCCUGCUGCCAGACCCCCUGACAGGAGAGGCAGAGAGGGCUGGCCGCCAUGCUCGCCUCCGGCAGCCUCCGGGCCCUGCCGCCGCUGCUGCUGCUGCUGCUGGGGGCCACUGUGGCCCUGAGGGACGACGAGAAGCUGGCCAUGGUGGAGCUGCACAACCUCUACCGCGCCCAGGUGGCCCCGCCCGCCUCCAACAUGCGGCUGAUGAGAUGGGACGAGGAGCUAGCCGCCUUCGCCAAGGCCUACGCGCAGAAAUGCAUCUGGGGCCACAACAAGGAGCGCGGGCGGCGCGGGGAGAACCUGUUCGCCAUCACCGACGAGGGCCUGGACGUGCCGCUGGCCGUGGAGGAGUGGCACCAGGAGCGCCAGCACUACAACCUCAGCGCCGCCGCCUGCGAGCCGGGCCAGGUGUGCGGCCACUACACGCAGGUGGUCUGGAGCAAGACAGAGAGGAUCGGCUGUGGUUCCCACUUCUGUGAGACACUCCAGGGAGUGGAGGAGACUAACAUCCAUUUACUGGUGUGCAACUAUGUGCCCCCGGGGAACGUGAAAGGGCAGAGGCCCUAUGAGGAGGGGACUCCGUGCUCCCAGUGCCCCGCUGGCUAUGACUGCAAGAACUCGCUCUGCAUGAACUUGGCUGAACCCACGAAGGGUCCAGAAGAGAAGAAGGACUUGCCUCACCUGGAAACUGAGGCUCGGUCCACUCUGGCAACAGAAGUCUCAGGCUCUAAGAAACCCGGUAUUACAACAGUAGCCACAGAGAUUCCAUCCUUCUCGGUGACAGACGUCUCAGGCUCCCCAGCAUCUGAAGUCCCAUCUGCUUUAGCAACAUCUUCCUUAGCAACAUCGGAGCCAUUCUCCAUGGCAACAGAGGGUCAGCCGUCCCAGGCCCCUGAGGUCCCGGCUGUUUUUGCCACCCAGAGACCGCUUUCCUCCGACGAGAGACUAGUUAUCUUCCCCCAGUCCACCCAGGUUCCUGUCCCCACAUCUGUGGACAAAGGAACCGGCCAGACAAGCGUACCCUCCACGAGCCCAAAGAUGUCUCUGUACCCCGAGAUGUUCCCUCCAGGGGCAGGAGCGCCCCUCCCUCCCUCCCCCAAGGAGGCCCAGGCUGAGCUGCCUCCUUCCGGUGAGGUCCUGGCCUCAGUGUUUCCAGCCCAGGACAACCCAGGUGAACUGCAGGUCACAGUGGACCACCCGGGGCCCAACUCCUCCAAGUCCCUGCCCAAGCCCCCCAACGCCUCGGCCCUGGCUAAUGCCGUGGGCGGGCGGACCCUGGCCCUGCAGUCAUCCCUGCCAGGGACAGAGGACCCGAGUGGGAACUCCAGCCACAGCCCGGGCCCUCUCCUGGUGCUGCUGCUGCUUCCCCUGCUGUUGGCUUCCGUCUUCUGAACGGGACACUGGAGGCAACGCCUGGCAGAGGAACAGGGCCUCGCCGCCGCUCCGGAUCGCCGUCCUCCGAAUGACAGGCCGCAGCUUCCUAGGCAGGUCCUGCUCUGUGGCCCAGCAGCCCCCCCUCACCCGAUCUUCUGGACAGAUUCCAGGCCAGCACGCCUGUCCCCUUAGGGGCUUCCGCAGGGCGCCUCUGGCACGGCCACCUGUUGUCACCUGCAGCGCCGUGCGUGGCCCCCGCGGCUCUCCCGGGGCUGGACGAUCUCGGGCUCGCCAGGAGCUCCCGGCCUCUUCUUUCAGCUACCUGCGCCCAGCAGGGCUGUCCCCGAGGGCCUCCUGCCCUCCUGGGGCCACGGGAUCAGCUGCCCAACUGCCACGUACCCCCGUGUUGAUCCUAGCCCCUGCGUGAGGCAUGUCCUGGCUAUCAGCCUCUGGAAGGACAAGACUCCCACGCGCGGUGUCCCUCGUGGCACCUGCUGGCUGCCAGCCAGGGGCCGCUGCCGUGACGGGGCGCCCCCUGCCCCUCCACGCCCCCCCCCCCCCGCCCGGGACUGCACAGGCUCGCCCUGGGCGCUCUGCUGGGGCAGCGUCAGAGCCUGCGCUCAGCCAGGAGGGGCCGCAAGGGACGGAGGAGGAACAAGCCACCCAGUGGGGUUCCACGAGUGGAGAGUAGAGAUGGGGGCUGGGGCUCCCUGAAUGACCUCCCGAAU